AAAAAAAUACAGGAUAAAAAAAUUCAGUGUUAAAUCCCAAAAGUCGAACGGGAGAAACUGAGGCUGCAACAAUAAAGGCAGCAUGUCGAUUGCUGCAGCCGGUGACCCCAACGGUCGAGAGCCGGGUGGAGUAAGCGGACAUUGUCCGGUGAGACACGCUUGAGUGGUGCGCGCGCUCUGUUGCGUCGAUCUUUCACCUUCGCAAUAUUGACGCCUAUAAAACCUUGUCAUUUCAAUAAUAUGACGUUACUUUCAUCCCGCCGCAAACUAAGAGUACAACUCUGCUCGGUCAGGAGUAGCGAAAAUCUAGUAAUCGUCAUUGGGUUCAUACCCACUCUAAAAAAAUGAUUAUAUUAAGUCAAUUGUUAUUCAUUUGGACGAUAUUUGAAGGUAUUUUUGCCAGCGAAGAAAAAAAUGGAUUUGUGCAACCAUUGGACUUUGGAGCAAUAUUUGAUUCUGCAGAUGGUGGCAUAACUUCCUUGGCUUCGAACCCUUUAGCAGCAGCGGUGCUUAAAGUAGAUAAGAGUCAAUAUCCUCAGUUAUUUGACACUGUUGUCAGUAGUUCUAUUGAUUCUUUGCAAACUCGAUUAGCACCAGGAGAAAAUGCAUUUUCAGCCCAACAUUUUGGCUUUAAUCCAAUUGCCAGUCAAAGCUUUUUUUCACCAGCGAGAUCCGCUAAAUUAGUUGCACAACCACCGCAGCACCGAGCACAGGCGGUACCUAUUGGACAACAAUUAGGUUCUUUAAGAUAUGACAUACGCACUGUACACGAUGCUGACUACAAAGUAUAUAAACCAGAGGAAAAUGAACAAGGAGAAGAAAUUUUAGCGGCAUUAAAAAAAAACCCUUCCGUAGCUGCUUAUUUUCAACCAGCCACAACGAAUGUUGAAGUUUCACAUCCGAUAAAAUACCGUAAAGAAGAAGUUGAUGAUGAUACCGAUCUUGAACAAAACUACAAGCCUAAUGCUUAUAUUACAGGACCAGCACGUAUUCGACGAUAUACAAGUGGGAGACAAAGAGAAAAUUUAAGAAAAAAUAGCGAGGAAGAGGAAGAUCCAUAUAGUUAUAAAGUUGAAUAUAAUUCCAAACCUAAAGCUUUCGAUAGUGACCUGUAUAGCAGUGCAUAUAAAGAAGAGAAAAACCCAAAGAAAGACUACGAAUACCCUUACGGAUAUGACUCUGGGUAUGACCAUAAAGAAUACGAGCGCAUAAAAGCUUUAUCAGAGAAACAAGCCGCUGAAAUAAAACAAAACCCAGAAAAUUGUCAAGAAGUUAAAAAAGAUGGUAUGUCUUGCAUGUCUUGUAAAGACCCAAAAACAGGUGGAAAUUAUGAAUCCUGUUCAUAUGUCGCAGAACCAAAAAAUAAUAAAUAUGCGUAUUCAAAAGAGAGAAAGUUUGAUAGUAACGACGAACCCGAUGAACCAGAAAGUGAUGAAAAAGUUGAACAACCCAAAAAGUCUGCUAAAUAUCAGGAUGCUGACAAAAAAGAAACCCAAAAGUAUGCAAAAUUAACGGCAUCACAACCUGAGAAACCGUACAGCGACUAUAAAUCGCAAAACAAAGAUGACGAUAAUUCUGGCGAAAAAUACAAGUCUUAUUACGUCCAUAAUUCCAAACCAAGACCAAACGAGGCCCUGAGAGCUGCUGACGAUGAUAGUUCAUCAAAAGAAGAAACUGAGUCUGUAGCUAAACCCUAUGACUAUAAAAAAGCAUUGCCAGGUUUUUAUACCGAAAAUGAACCAAAAAAAGAUGUAGAGCAUGUUCUAGCCGAGUUUAAGAAAAAAGAUCGAUCUUCGUGUAAGAGGGUGCAGAAGAAUGGCAUGACUUGUUUCCAAUGCAUAGAUAAGUCAGGACUUAAGAAUGAAGAGUGUAUGUUUGUGUCAGAAUCUGCUCCUAAGAGGAGUCAUUUAGCAUACCAGGAAGUAAAGGAAUUCACUUCCAAGCCUGCUACGAUAGAAAAAGGACAAGAAGGCGCCGAAAGUCAAACAAUUACCACUAGUGCCCCCGCUGUACAAAAAUUAGCUGCUUACGUUGUUGAAAAUAAUAAUUAUGGUAAAAAAUUAAAACGUAAGAAGGCUCCUCAAGCGAUAGUCCCAGCUGCAGCAAAUCCUGCUCAAGUAACAGUUCCUGCUGUAGGAACUGCAAUACAGUCUCCAAAUACGAAAAAGUCAAAACGCAGCAUUGAGGCCGUAGCUGAAUCUAAAGCGACUAUUGUUGAUCUUACAAAUGUAGCGGCUCCUGAAGAAUUUGCCGGCGUUGACUCAAAGGGUGCAUUUUGGUCCGAAACUUUGCCAAGAUAUAGUGCUACACUAGGCGUCACUUUACCUGAAUUUAUGUUGACAAGGUCAGAACAUGAAGCAUCUUUUGACGAAAUUGUUGCAGGAGCGUAAAAUAUGAAACUAAUGUUAUUUUUGUUAAGUUUUAUUCGCCCACAUAAUUAAUAGUUUUUAGAGCGUGUCUGACUGGUCGCGACUAAAAUAAAGCCUGAAUUGGAGGCAACGGGUAAAGAUAUUUGUUACGGAAUCAUAAGAUUUCAGUUGGUCGACGACUAAGUUGACAAACAAGAAAGCUUUUAUUGUAUACUGUUUAUAUACAAUUACAAAUAGCUACAGCAAAGAAAGUAUCAAAUAUUUUAUUAGUUUAAUUUUUUAUUGGGACUGUACACUUUAUGCUAUGUUGUUAACUAGUUUUAUGUUAAUCGGGAAUAAAAUGUUGUUAUUGUAUAA